GGGGGGAAUCCUAUUAGCAGAGUCCAGGAAAAGUAGGACUAACUGUCCUUAUCAGUGUGAGUUUAUCUGCAGACUGAUGGCGUUUCAGGAAAUAGUCCAAUCCCAGUCAAUCAAUAACAAUAACAGACUCCAGUUACUGUUUGAAAGCGGAGGAGGAUUCGAUCUAUUGACUGAAGGAGACAGAAAAGAAAUGACAGAAACAUUAAAGCAGGAGGAGGAAGAAGUUUGAGGGACGUACGAGCGGACGCUGCAUCAGUUGAGGACAUUAUGUCUAAACGGAGGGUGGACCUGGAUCUCCCUUCCUGCCUCUGACCUUCAGUAAAGGCUUCUCAUCAGCCUUGUUCUGGACAUCAGGAGGCUGAGGGAUCCUUUGUGCAAUUAGCCAACAGGAACGUGAAUACAGGACGUACAGGGGUCAGUCAUGUCUCAGGCAGGUAAAGUCCUCCACCUGUACGUGGAGGUGAGGUCUGUCGGGGAGGAUGAAGGCAAGGUUCUGGGAAGCAGAGAGGACGGGACCGGUCACCUGAUGCUUCAGUGUCCAGACGUCCUUCCUCAUUCUCAAAGGACCUCGACCCACACCAGCCCUAGUCGCAGUCCAGAUCUGUCCCCGGUCAUCCAGCAUCACAUGGGGGAUGGCAACCAGAGCUUAAGCCGCUCAAAGUCCUCCUCAAGGCACUCUGUUAGUUUCCAACUACAGAAUCCGGAUGCAACAGGGUCUCCUACGCAGUUUCAACGGCAGGAUGUGUUGUAUGAUAGUUUCGGUCAGUUACUCGAGGUCCUCGCACCGGGAACAACCAGUCCAGGCCAUCGUGGUUCACUGGGACGUAUCCCUUCCACUGAGCUGGAUCCCUACCAAGCAAGGAUCAACACAUCGUCUACACCCUCUGGAAGGCUGACAGUACCCUCCACACCCACCAGCAACCGAAGGUCCUAUGAGGUUCCUCAGGUGGCAGGUGAGGAAGGGAGGACCUCAGUGGUGUCCUUUGGCUACAUAGAGAAAUCCAACGUUCACAGCAUGGCUGCCCACCGAUCAUCCAUGUGCCAAAAUGAACCCGACAACCCUUUUAACAGAGUGGACGGACCGUUACCGCCGGCUCACCUCCGAAAGAGGCUAAGUGAUCCAACGUGGUACAAUGGCCAGCCAUUACAGGGCGACCCUUUACCCCGUCACCUCUACCAGAAUCAGUCUCCCCGGGGCUCACCUUACCUGCAGAGAGCUACCCUGGACUCAGUUGGUAGAGACCCCACCUACAGGGCCGUAGAGGAGUUUGGAUCCCCAGAAAUCAGGCGCAGAUUUACAGGUUAUGGUCCAGAGAGUUACAGUCCCACCCUGCCGAGGCACUAUCAGUCACCUCGCUGCCGGUCCUGGGGUGGGUCACCCGUCCUGCCCCGCAACACCUUCACCCUGCCAUCCAAGACCCAGCUCCUGGAGCUCGACAGGGGAGUCUGCCGGGGUUCAAUGAAUGGUUUACCCAGAAGUCCUGCCUCUGACCAUCUGUGUGCCCACACUGGGUACUUAUCCCAGCCAGUGUCUCCGACCACAGCACUGCGCUCCCAUGGCUUCGCCCUCAACCAACAGAGGCCAUGGAUGGGGGAAGAGAGCCCCAGGUUGUCAAACAAAUUUCACCCGCCUUUACCAGCGGGGCGACCCACAGACAUCCAGCAUGAGGUCCCAGCUAGCACAUUCCCCAGCAGCAAACCUUCCAGGACGGGGAACUCGCAUCACACUGUUGACAGCAGCUAUAGUUCUAAUGUCACAAACCCCAGUCAUCAUGUCUCAAACAACAGACUCUACACUGCUACCAGUAACUCCACUUCACCUGGGUUCAGUUCCUCUCGCUGCAGUAGCAGAACCAGUGAUGCCCUCAGCCCUACCACUGGCAGGAGAAGCAUCUCCCCAAACGCUGAAGUAGCUAGUAAGUUAGCUAUGGAGGCUACCAAGUUGUCCAGUGUAUUUGCUGACAGACGGACUCCUUCUCCAACCCUUUCUAAAGCUGAGUCAUUGAGGUCUAUGAGUCCCAGUAAUGGGGUACCAUUCCUAAAAGAAUCUCAACCUUAUACCACGCUACAGGGGAAAAGCUCCCCAGACUCCCUGCAGGGCGACAAUCAGAACCACAGCUGGAAAACAGACAAACUAAAACCUCAAACUAAACCAGGGCGCAUCUCUCCUCUACCUUCCCAGAAAGUCUUUAUUUCACAAGCAUCUCCAGCCUUGCCGGCUCGGUUGCAUCGAUCUGCUGCUUCUCAAUCACCCGUACAGGAUCCACGGCAGAAACAGAGUUUAUCUCCAACCAAUGACGUCUCGUCUCUGCACCGGUAUCAGCCUCCUCAGUACACCAGAGUCAAGUCGCCUGCUGAGGAGCGGAGGCAGAACGAUCGUCCCUUUGAUCGGUCUCCCAGGGACAGCCCCGAGUUAAACAAGAGACCAAAUCAAAACACUGAAGCUUCGCCUGUGAGCUGGACCUCCAGGCAGCAGAGGAGGAGGGAGGCUGGACCAGUCCAGGAUGGAUGUGAGCUCUAUGAAGAAAGCUACAGACAGUCUCCUUCCAGAGUUUACAUACCAGGCAAAGAGGUGACGACACAAAAGUUGUGUCUGGGCUUGUCCAAGGACGAGAGAGAGGAGGUCCAGGAUCACAGCGGGGCGGCUGGGACGUCUUCUCAGAGCUCCAGCGGGGUCACGGGUAGCCUGGGGGACAGUUCCCAGCUGGACCGGAACGACAGUCUGUCCCCUGAAACCUCGAGUCAGUCCAGCCAUGAUACGGCAGACGGCGGCUCCGGGAUGCAGUCGGACAGCGGCUCAGCCACGACUCCGUCCUCGCGGUCUCAGAAGAUCGCCCAGGCCAAGUGGGAGUUCCUGUUCGGAGGCCUGACAGACAAAAGAAAAGAAGCUCCGCCCCCCACGCCUCCAGCCAGCCCCGCCCCUCCCUCCUCCCUCCGCCUGGAGACAGCCAAUCAGAGGAGGGGGCCAGACGGCGAGGGUCAGAAGCUGUCGCAUCACGAGGUUCGGCAGAUCGAGGUGGAGCUGGUGACCCCUGACCCCAGAGGCUCCGCCCCCAAGACGGGCAUCAUCCGCCAGACCAUCAAAUACUCGGAGACGGACCUGGACGCCGUGCCGCUGCGCUGCUACCGGGAGACCGACCUGGACGAGGUGAUGCGGGCGGAGGCAGAGGCCGGAGAGGAGGCGGACUCGGCCUUCGGGAGUAACCGCAGCUUCAACGCCAACGCCUCCCUGAAACCGCAGAGCACCGGAGGAGGGAAGGAGGAGGAGGAGGAGGAGGAGGAGGAGGAGGAGGAGGAGGAGGAUGAGGAGGAAGGAGUGGUGAGCUGGGCCAGUGUCAGGAUGCAAGGAGACCGUCAGAGACAGAGGGCGGCGAAGGAGGAGGUGGAGGUGUUCAGUCUGCUGCUGAAGGGGUCUCCAGACGUCUCGUCCGACUCCCACGGUGACCUCAAGUCCCCCGUCUCGGUGGGCAGCCCCCGCCGACCCUCCGACAGCAACCUGGACUCCUUCAGCCGCCACUUUGAGAGCAUCAUGGAGUCGCACCGGGCCAAAGGCACCUCGUACAGCAGCCUGGACAGCGUGGACCUGCUGACCUCCGGCUCCACCUCCGUGUUCACCUUCGACCUGCCCACCCUCACCCCCGAGAUCCAGAGUCAGAUCUGUGAGAGCGCCAAGCAGAUCAUCGAGCUCAGCUUCGCCCCGUUGGCUCAUCCGGACCCGUCCGCCCCGUCCGAGACGUCUCGAUCCGAAACCUCCCUCAGCGCCUCGGGCCCCGGGGUCCGCGAGGCCUCCAAGGAAGACGCCGGUCCUCCGGUCCGGUCCCGCUCUGAGAAAGACUCGUGGCGUCGCUCCAAUCACAAAGACGGCUUCCGAAAGGCCAGCUCAGCCCCGUCACUCCACAGCAGCCCCAGGGAGCGUCCAGUGAACCGUCCGGCCGAGCUGCUCCAGCCUCAGCCCGACGUGGCCGAACGUCUGGCGCUCGGUGGCAGCGACGAGGCGCUGGCCAACGGCACCAAGGCCGACCUGCAGGCGGCCCGGCGUCUGGCCAAGCGCCUCUACAACCUGGACGGGUUCAGGAAGUCAGACGUGGCCCGGCACCUCGGCAAGAAUAACGAGUUCAGCCAGAUGGUGGCGGAGGAGUACCUCUCCAACUUUAACUUCACCGGUCUGAGCCUGGACCAGUCUCUCAGACUCUUUCUCAGACACUUUGCUCUGGUCGGAGAAACUCAGGAGAGAGAGAGAGUCCUCGCUCACUUCUCCAGGAGAUACAGGCUCUGUAACACUGACUGUCUCACCUCUGAAGACAGCGUCCACACUCUGACCUGUGCCGUCAUGUUGCUGAACACAGAUCUCCAUGGAAACAACGUGGGGAAGAGGAUGUCCUGCAGUCAGUUCAUCUCCAACCUGGAGGGACUCAACGAUGGCAAAGAUUUCCCCAGAGACCUGCUCAAGACGCUCUACAGCUCCAUAAAGAACGAGAAGCUGCAAUGGACCAUUGAUGAGGAGGAGUUGAGGAAGUCCAUGUCUGAGCUGGCUGAGGUGCGGACAGACUCCGCCUCCCACACCAUGAAGAGGAUCGGUACUGGUGGGAACCCGCUGGUGGGCGUGGCCCAGCAGGCCGAUGGCGAGCUCUAUAAGAGCGGCUUCCUGGUUCGCAAAGUCCACGCUGACCCUGACGGGAAGAGAACACCGCGGGGUAAGAGAGGGUGGAAGACUUUCUACGCCAUGCUCAAGGGUCUGGUGCUCUACCUGCAGAAGGACGAGUACCGAGCGGAGAGGGAUCUGACGGAGGAGGACGUGAAGAACUCCGUCUCCAUCCAUCACUCUCUGGCCAUGAGGGCGGCCGACUACAGCAAGAGGCCCAACGUCUUCUACCUGAGGACGGCCGACUGGAGGGUCUUCCUGCUGCAGGCCCCUAACACUGAGCAGAUGCAGUCUUGGAUCACCAGGAUCAACGUGGUGGCGGCCAUGUUUUCUGCUCCUCCGUUUCCGGCCGCCAUCGGCUCCCAGAAGAGGUUCAGCCGGCCCCUCCUCCCGGGGUCCAACACCAAACUGUCCCAGGACGAGCAGCUCAAAUCCCACGAGAACCGGUUCAGGGCGGUUUCCUCGGAGCUGGCCGACCUCACCUCCUCCACACCGGACCGCAAGGUCAAAGGUCGGGAGCUGGAGGAGCAGAAACAACGGAAGGAGUACCUGGAGUUUGAGAAAACGCGCUAUGGGACGUACGCCAUGCUGCUCCGGGCCCGACUGUCCAGUGGGGACGAGGACCUGUCGGCCUUUGAGUCUCGUCUGUUUGAUGAUGGCGGCCUGCAGAGGGCGCACUCCAGCCCCACGCUUCCCCAGGACGUCUCCAGCAAGGACAAGACCCGCGGGACCAAGACGUCCAAGAGCCUAAAAGUCCCCUCGUCCUCCUCGUCCUCCAGGACCGGCGCCGACGCCAGAGACGGGAGCAAGAAGCGGAAGAACGGGAGCAGCAAGCGGGACGAGGCAUCGUAACCCGGGGACGCAGCAAGGCAUCAUGGGUAGCGGGACAACAUCCUCCUGAGACACUGAGACGGAGACGGGGGACAAGUCGUCCAGGAGACGCCGGCGAGGUUUUUCAGACUCUUUUCAUUUCAGGGACGUCUUUCUGAACCUUGAGGAGUUCCACUCUGCGUCUCCUAGCAACCGACGGGGGAGCGGGUUGCCGUGCCAACCGCAUCCGACGGACGAGUGUGUGGGACUGUUGCCACGGCGACCGUGGAAAAGGACUAAAGGAGAGGGAGGGGGGAGGAGGACGAGGGGGACGAGGAGGACGAGGAGGUGGACUCAAACAAACAAAGAGGAAACUGUGUGUGAGUGUGUGUGAGUGUGUGUGAGUGUGUGUGAGUGUGUAUGUGACUG